AUGCCAAAGAGCUCCUCUGACCCAGCCCCAGCUCCGGCUCCGGUUCCCAAGCUUCGAGAUAGCUGCCACGCCUGCGCGGCUUCCAAAGUGAAGUGCCACAAGGAGAAGCCAGCCUGUUCGCGCUGCGUGAAGCGGAGCAUCGUCUGCGAGUAUGUUGCCACGAGGCGUGGUGGGCGCAAGCACGGCAACCGCAAGAGCCAGAGCCAGAGUAGGGAGAGUCCAACCGGUAGCAUCACCGUUUAUACCGGGACACACAUUCCAACGGUAUUAUCACCCAUGUCCACCGUGGAAUGGUUCAGCGGGACCGGAACCGGGAGUGAAAAUCCCAACAAUCCUAACGCCUUCUCCGGGUAUCAUCUCCCCCCGUCAGACAUGGCCCAUCGUUUGAACUCUCUGCCCGGAUCGGUAACUAGCGGGACGCCGUCGCACCAACUGUUACCCGGGUUGUUGUCACCGGACGGGCUGUUGUCACCGGACGGGCUGUUGUCACCGGACGGGCUGUUAUCACCAGACGGGCAGUUCACAUCCACGACGCUGAUAGACCUGGCCACCGACCUGGACGCCUUCUUUGCGCUCCCGGAAGGGCCGUAUGCAAUGCCGGGGCUCCAAUGCGAUGUUGCUGCAGACUCGGACGUGGUGAUCGAGGACGUAGGCCAGUCUCCUUUUUUCCCUGCCAUCUUCCAUCAGAGCAACAACGGCAACAACAACAGCCACAACAACCGCAGCGGCAGCAACAACGGCAGCGGAGGCGGCAGCGGUAACGGUAGCAUGCAGGAGUAUAACCCGACGGUCGACGCUCCUGCUAUCCCCGCAGUAGCCAUGGCGGAUGCCUUUUCCGCUUUUGAGGAUACCGCACUCAGCAGUGGCGGAACCACGACCACAGCCACGGCCACGGCUAUACCCGCUUCUUUCACCACCGCCGCCUCCAUUAUGAACCAGGAUAUGGCCCCCUUUCCGGAUCUGGUCGAACUCGGGUGGUCUUCCCCCUGCUGUCUCGGCCUCGCCCUCACGCUCAUGAAUAAGCUUUGCCCAGGCUCUGUGGGAUCUUCUUCUUCCCCUAUCGCAGGAAUGACCACAACAGCAGACGCGUCCCAGUCUACGACCCCUUCUUCUUCUCGCUCCUCCUCUCGCUCCUCUUCUCGGUCUUCCUCUCGGUCUUCCUCUCCAUCACCGUCAUCUUCUGCCCAAGGGGAUAGACACAGACACAGCCAGAGCCAGAGCAAGAGCAAGAGCAAAACCAACUCCAAAACCAAAACCAACUCCAAAGACCGGAGGAACAAGCACAAGACCAAUCGCAGCAAGGGCAGAGACAAGCAGCCACAGCCUACUCUCCGACAAGUCAUCCGCUGCAACGAGGCCGCCAUCGCCUCUGUCAGCGGCAUGCUCGACUGCCCCUCCGGCUGCGCACAUGACCGCUACCUGCUGGUGCUGAUGGCGCUGAUCGUGCUCAAGGUGCUGGGCUGGUACGCCGUGGCUGCGCAGGGAGCUGGGGCCCGAGUCGGGUCUGAAGAAGCGGCGGGGAACGUCGGCUCCCAUCACAGACGAAAGAAGGAGAAGAAGAAGAAGAAAACGGCGUCAUUUUUGUCUUCAGCUUUCUUGUCGUCAUCAUCGUCUCGCUUUCAUAAUAAAACGUCUCAGGCUGCGAUUGCUGUUAGGGCCAACGACGGGGCGGUAGAAGAAGAUGGCGACAACAACAAUAGCGACGGAACAGCAGCGCGCCACGCCGCGCAGUCGGUGCUGAGCGAGCUGCACCGCGUGCAGAGGUUGGUGAAUAGGCUGUGUGUGCGGCUGCAGGGCACAGAGACAACGGCGACAGCGACGACGAUGAGGUUGUCCCGAGGAAACAGCAAUGUCGAUCACGACGGGAUGAUGUUAGAUGCUGAACAGGCGCGGCAAGGAGAAAGAUUUGCGACGACGGGCAAUCAUGAUGGAUUGCUAGGCGCCGGCGGUGCGCCGUUCUCGGCCAUGGUUUCGGAUCAGCUGGGGUCGGAUUUGAGGAAACAGCUGAGGGCGUUGUCGUUGGGGAUUGUCGAGCGGCUGAGGAGAGAGUGA